AUGAAACCAUCCAACAUUCUAAUAUACGAGGAUGUCUCUGUUGGCAAUGGAGCUGUCGUAUUCAAAAUCGCCGACUUUGGCCAGACUCGGGAGAUAAACAGGCAUCCUGAGGGCCGGACCGGGCAAAAAAAUAAAACCUCCCCAUUUCUUGAUGGAGGCCGCAUAUACGAGGGCACAUUUCGUGCGCCAGAAAUACACGGCCAAAAUGUCCGCGAUAAGAGGGUAGAAAAGGGUGAUGUCUGGUCCUUCGGCUGCAUUCUCCUCCUUGUCAUCUUAUUUGGAGCUCAAGGUGCGCAAGCCAUAGAAGAGUUCGAAGAGGACCGCAUCAGGAAAAGCCUGAGCCGAAGAGACGACAACUUCUGCAACCCCCAAAAUGGGGCCAACUCGGUUUGCAACCCGGCUGUUCUCAAAUGCCUGAAGCGCCUUCGGGAGCACGAAGUCUCCGCGGAUAUGUACAUGAAUAAAAACAUGAUGAAACAAUUCAUCGAUUAUCUCCGGACCGGAACAUUAGUUAAGGACUCCCAGCGAGACAAUAUCUCCAAAGUAUGCAAGAAACUGCGGGGGAUCUACAACCAGUUUGAACCACGAUCCGCUACCCCGUCAUCCGUUAAUCAUGGAGAGUUGCCACCCAGGGCAUAUCGUCUUGGACAUUCGCCGGACGGCAAGAUCUUCUGUUGCUCACGCGACAAAAUCUAUCUUUAUACCCCUGGAAGGCCGAUCCUAAAUCCGACAAAUAA